CCACUUUAGCAUCAACUACCACCAAUCAACUCUCCAAGUCCCAACUUCUCUCUCUCUCUCUCUCUCUCUCACUCAUCACCAAUCCGAAAAACCCAGAAACUAGGGUUUCAUCUCCAAACCCUAUCCCUCUCCUCUCCAAUUAAUCCCCAAAUCCCAAAUAGCAAUACAAUUAAGUUCCAGCCCUAUCAAAAGCCAAAUCUUUUCGUCACCUUAAAAAAUUAGGGCUUUUUUUUUUUGGUUCCUCUCAAUCUCUAUACUCACACAUAUUGAUUCAUAUAUUCCUGUAUAUAGGAAUUUAUGGACAAUCCUAAUAAUCUUCGCUCAACGUAUAACAAAUCCUCGACUCGGUCAGAGCAUUCCAAUCGAAACCCUAGUUCUUACUAUCACGACGAGGAAGAAGACGAGUACGAAGGCGAUGAAUUAGGCGAAGGAGAAGAAGACGAAGGAGUCAACGACGAAUUGGACGACGAUAACGACGAGGAAGAGGAGGAGGAGGACGAGGAGGAGGAAGAACAAGAGGGUAUCGAAAAUGGGUACGACGAAUCGAGGAGGCGCCAGAAGAAGCGGAGAAUCGAGAGCCUGGUGUCGGAUUACGAGUUUGCCCCUCGAAAGCAGCCCUCGAAUUCAUCGCCGGCUGAGUGGACGGACCACUCGACGUUUUUGUUGUUGGAGGCGUGGGGGGAUAGGUUUAUGCAGUUAGGGAGGAUGAGCUUGAGGUCUGAGGAUUGGCAGGAUGUGGCCGAGAAGGUCUCGGAGGGGUCGAAAGUCGACUGGGACAAUGCACAGUGUCGGAACCGAUUGGAUUUGUUGAAGAAGAAGUACAAGAAAGAGAGGGAGAGAAUGGAGGGGACGGGAGGAGGGUAUAGUGGUAAAUGGGGAUUCUUUAAGAAGAUGGAUAUGUUGUUGAAUUCGUCGUCGGCUAGAGAACAAUGUGGGUUGCCAUGUGGGAUUGAUUCAGGGGAGUAUGUGUUUAUGAACCCGAGGGUUUAUUUGGACCGGUCGAAUGGGUUGGAUGAGAUGAGAGAUAGUCCGGAGGGGUCUGAGUCGUUGGAGGACGAUGGGGACGAUGAUGGGGUGAUGCCGAGGAGGGAUGGGUCUGCUUCGUUUGGGUUGUUGGCGGAUUCGGUUAAGAAGUUUGGGGAGAUUUAUGAGAAGAUUGAGAGUAGUAAGAGGCAGCAGAUGAUGGAGUUGGAGAAGAUGAGGGUUGAUUUUCAGAGAGAGUUGGAGGUGCAGAAGAAGCAGAUUCUUGAGAGGGCGCAAGCCGAGAUUGCUAAAAUCAGGGGAGGGGAUGAUGGUGAUGAUGAUGAUGAUGAAACAGACGUUUCUGCGGAGAAUUUUAGUGGGUAAUGUGCGGUUAUUAAGCAGGAAGAAGAUAAUGGAACCUACUGUAAUCUUUGAGUAAAAGAUAUUUGCUCUCUGCUAUGGUGGAAGCAGUCAAUCUGUAUCAGAUGCAGUGCGAAUGCUUGGGACAAGUUGCAGGUUUUCUAUAAUGUGCUAGGCAUGUGGACUUUUUCCUUAUUAUCCAGUAUAAUGGUUUCUAUAUUCUUUUUACUGUGAUUUGUAGCCUUUUAAGCUUCUGAAUUCAUCAUCUUUGUUUUCUUAAUCUUCUUCCUACGUUAAUUAGUAAUCUGACCCUCCUUUAUGAUAUUACCGGCAUGAUAAAUGAAGUAAAUUCAUGAUUUUCUGUCACUA